CAUUCUAACAUGGCUCCGAGGCCCAUGUUAGAAUAGGGGCCUAUUGGGGAGGCACGUUACGACUCUCGCUACUGGGCUAUAAACGACCAAUAAGACAUUUCCGAGUUGCUUUUUACCUCUGUUUCAAAACGAGUCCUGGUGCCCAACCUUUCAUAUGGACAUGAGUUUGAUUUGCAAGGCAAUGACCGUGCAAAAAAAUCUCAUUUCCAUAUAUAUGAAAGGUUGUGCACCAAGACUUGUUUUGAAACAGAGGUAACAGCAACUCGGAAAUGGUACUGGCAGACAUCUUAUUCCUCUCCAGCAGUCCCAACUGGCACGCAUGUUUGUCAGAGGUUCCGUCCACUUCCCUUUUCGCAGGGUACACAAUUUUUUCCUGAGGUGACCACAGGUAAAUGAAAAACUUUCCUGACUUGUAUAUUCUUUUAGGAACGUUUAGGAACCUAGGUAAUAUACUUCAAACUAUGUAAAUGUGGCGGAAACGCUGCAUUAUCAAUAGAAAAAAGAUUUCUUGACCUUCUCUGUGAACGGAAGCAAGUGACGCGUGAGAACGCGUGAUCUGCGCAUGGACUCGAUAGCGCCAAUCAGGCGGAACAAUCACGCGAUAAUAUCACGCGCUUGCGUGAUCUUUUUUUUUUUUUUGCACACGUUAAAAACCGCUGACUCGGUUACCGGCAGUUCGCCGAAACAACAAGAAACAUGGUGGCUGUUACAUUGCAAGAAACCUCGCCAUUUGACGGGCAAAAACCCGGCACUUCAGGGCUGAGGAAAGCUGUAACGGUGUUUCGGCAGCCUCGCUACACGGAGAAUUUUGUGCAGUGUAUUUUAGAUUCAAUCCCAGAGACCAAGAGGACAGGAUGUACCCUUGUUGUUGGGGGCGAUGGAAGGUUCUUCAUGCGAGACGCCAUUCAGAUUAUAGCGAGGAUGGCGGCCGCUAAUGGGGUUGGUGAGUUGGUGAUUGGUCAGAAUGGUAUUUUUUCGACCCCAGCUGUCUCUUGUAUUAUCAGAAAAAUUAAGGCCACAGGAGGAAUUCUUCUAACUGCAAGUCACAACCCUGGAGGACCAGAUGGAGAUUUUGGAAUAAAGUACAAUAUUGAGAAUGGAGGUACAUCUGUCAAUAAUUUUGUCAGUUACUGUCCCUUGUUGCUUGAAACAUUCAUAAUUUCAGUAACUGGUCCGUAUUUGAAGCGAAUCUUAUGUGAAGAACUGGGUGCACCAGCAUCAUCCACCUUGAAAUGUGAACCAAAGGAAGAUUUUGGAGGUCAUCAUCCUGAUCCCAACCAGACAUAUGCUGCUGAUCUUGUGGAGCUGCUUAAAAAGGGAGACCAUCAUUUAGGAGCUGCCUUUGAUGGGGAUGGGGAUCGUAACAUGAUUCUUGGACAACAUGGAUUCUUUGUCACGCCAUCAGACUCAGUUGCAGUCAUUGCAGAAAAUGCCCUGUGCAUUCCAUACUUUGUUAAGACAGGACUGAAGGGUGUGGCCCGUAGUAUGCCGACUAGCGCUGCAAUUGACAGAGUGGGACAGAAAAUGGGAAUUGAGUGUUUUGAGACACCAACCGGUUGGAAGUUCUUUGGAAACUUAAUGGAUGCUCAGCGCAUAUCUCUUUGUGGUGAAGAAAGCUUUGGUACAGGAUCUGACCACAUCCGGGAGAAAGAUGGUGUUUGGGCAUUCCUUGGUAAGAUUGCUAGUUGUCAGUGGAAGGAUUUUUUUUACAUUAUAAUUUUAGUCAGCUCGACAUUUUGUGUCAAUCUAAUUACUUCUUCAUUGAUGUUCUCUCUACAGAUUGUUUUGAAACCUUUACUAGACAUAGCUCUCAACAUCUCACAGUUAGAAAAGUUUACUGGGCGUAACGCACCAACUGUCAUCACAUAACAUGAUAACGCUGCUUAGUACAUUAUGAAUUGAAUGUGAAGAAAGGUACCGUGGAACUGGAUUUUAUUGGAAUUUAGUGUUUUUUUUCCCUUAAAAUGAACAGUGUGCACAUGUAGUUAUCAGUGUGUAUAAAAAUCCCUGGAUACAAAAUAAUUUUUUGUUAUUUUUAUUGGUGCAACCACACACUGCUGUGUUAUAUUGUCAGUAAAGUAUAGAAACAUCAUGAUAAAUUAUUUAGUUGUCGUUAAACUACAUGACUUGUAGUCUUGGUAGAUAGCAUAAACUGUUAAAAUUUAAUAAUAAAUAAGAUGUAAAAGAUAUAACUAAAAUUUUAGGUAUAAAUUUAGGUAGAGAAUCAAUCAAUUACUCAGUAAAUGAUAUAUCUUGCAAUUAAUUUAAGCAUGAUAAUAGAUUAAGAUGUAUAUUCUUCUGCAUGUACAGGAGACAUUCUCUUUCUUGCUAAAGAAAUCUGGACUGAGUCACAAAAACAUGCUGAGAUGAAAAAAAAAACAUGAAUUUACAAAUAGGCAGUUAAUAAUUAUUAUGCGAGACAAUUUUUUUGAAAAACAA